AUGUUGCCAGGGCUGUGGGCUGCAGAAUUGGCGUCUGUGGCGUGUCUACGCAGGCUCUGCAGCGUGAUGGCUGGCGGGACUGCGAGGCUGGCGGCAGCGGAAGGAGAGGCUGGGCACGAGCCAGGAACAGGCUGGCCAGGUCCGCAGCCGCCUGCUCCUCUCUCGUUCGAGCACACACGGCCGUUCCUGCAUGCGUGGUUCGAGCGAGAGGCGGAGCAGCGGGAAGUGGCGCGCGACGAGCUGCACCGCCUCUCCGGAUGGUCCUACCUCAGCACCGCCGAGUUCCGCUCGCUUGUCGCCGACGCUGUCCACCGUCUCAACCCGCCCAUUCGCGACGGCGCGUUCGUCUACGAGCUGGGCAUCGGCGCGGGGGCGGUUCUGAAGACUAUCAGCUCCCUGCACCGGAUCCGUCCAGCGGGCUGUGAUUUCAGUCCCAAGGCGAUCCAGCGAGCCAGCGAGAUCUUUCCAGCUCACGCCGCGGCGUUCCGGGUCGGCGACAUUGCGCUGCCUCUCUCCUCGAAGGGCGGCUGCGCCGCGAGGGCCGGCGCGUACUCUCACGUCCUCUCGUUCGGCUCGCUCGCAAUGUAUCUCACGCACAGCGAGAUGGCCGUCGCACUGAGGAACGUUGCGAAGCUGGCGAGUGCCGGCGGCUCCGUCGCCGUCACGCACUUCAUCGAGGCGGACGGCGAGCCGAAGGGGACCAUCGUUGCGCCGAUCAGCCGGCAGCGCCUAAGACAGCUCGCGAGCGCUGCCGGGCUGACUAACAUCAGCUUCCACCCGAUGAAAUACCAGGGAGAUAGGUUCAUGAUGACUGCCCGGGGUCCUCGCGUCGAUAAGAGCGGAUGGGCCGGAGGCCCCAGCCCCCACACCUUGCCACCUCGUCCCACUCGCUAG